AUGAUCACCUCAGCGAUUCAACAACCCAACCACUACCAGCCUGCUGUAUCCGACUUUUACGAUCCUGAUGACGUCUUGCCUCACGACAGUCCCCAGAUGAAUUCUUUCAGACCCAAGCUGGAGCCUUCCCCCAGCCCGCCACCUCAGAUCCCUCCAGUUGCGGCCUCCCACAGACAGGGGGAUGCGGUCUUGAUCAAUUUCUUGAGCAAUGGCAAGCGCCCUGAUAUUGCCCGCGCCAUCGCUGUCCACUCUGACCAUUCCGACGCCGCAUCUGGCGCUGAGGACGAUCCAUCCAUCUCCUCCAGUCCCUCCACGUCUUCUGCAUCAUGCAAGUCUCCCCCUUUCAACCUCGCCGCCGUCACCGCUGCCGCGGUCUCAACCUCGCCUUCUGAACCCGGCGCAAUCAAUCUCAUCAACCUUGCUGCGGGCGCCCUAGCCUUCACCACUGGCAACGGCCCAGACCCCCUGAGAAAACCUACGGCAGACUCGACACUUGUCGAAUCUGUUCGUAGCGACACAAUGAGCUCUGCAGCCCCUCAAACAUCACGAGUUCGCUUCAAUCGCCCCCUAGGUGCUACAGUAUCCGAGCCCCUCUACCCUUCAGAAGGGUUCUAUACCGCUACGCCGCCUGGCCACUCGAUGCGCCAUGCUGAAGUUGUUUCGCCCAUGUCGCCACUACAGCCCGCUCUUGGGGGUCUGCCUCCGCUGCAAAUCGAUUCGCCGAAAUCAGAUAGUCCUGGCCACGGUUCCUUGCCCUCCAUCAGACAACAUUUCGGCGAUCUAGCUUUGUCCCCUGACAAGGAGUUGCCGGGGCCUUUACACUCUGCCGUCGCCGCGUACCCUCGACCCUCGCCGGCAAUUGUACCACGCAUGUCUUCGAUACCAUCACUGUCUGGACGCCACCCGUCGCCGCCCACAUCGCCCAAUAAUGGUUAUGGUCGACACGAUCUGCCUUCGCCUGCCCAGUCUCUCAUCUCACCCGGUCACUAUUAUCAGACACACAAUGGGCCUCCUCGAAUGGGAAACGACAAAUCUGGCUGUUUCGUUGACACCCCGAGUAAUGACCAGCCAUCACUACAUGGGUCAACGGUGCCAAUGCUCGACCGCAUGAGCAUCGACGGUCUCACGAAUCCACAACCAGGCGGCUUCAUUUGCGAAUUCGCAGGUUGCACAGCACCCCCCUUCCAGACGCAGUACCUUCUGAACUCUCAUGCCAACGUACACUCGUCUGCCCGACCACACUAUUGUGCUGUUCCGGGAUGCCCGCGUAGUGAAGGCGGCAAAGGUUUCAAAAGGAAAAACGAGAUGAUUCGACACGGCCUAGUCCACGAAUCACCAGGAUAUGUUUGCCCGUUCUGUCCCGAUAGAGAGCACAAGUAUCCGCGCCCGGAUAACCUUCAGAGCGUAUUUUAUGUCUCCGGCCUCGACCGGUCCUCCGGGGGAGCUGCUGACACCGGAAUUCUGUACAUAUGA